AGUGAACGCCCAUGCUCUCGAGGGCAAUAAUCCACAACUUGCGUCGAGCAAGUGCAUAUCGCUCUGCUCACUAUCUUUACUCCUCUUCUCGCCGAAAAGCUUCGACAUCUCCCUUCACUGAGCCGACAUCUCCCAAUCCAAGUCUCACGAAAUAUGCUGAGACUACAGAAGCUCUUCAUACAUACGGGUCAUAUCUCACUCAAUGUCUCCCCAAGUUCAUUCAACAAUUCUCAGUAGUCAAGGACGAACUGACGCUCUACGUUGGUCCUUCGGCGGUCCUUCCCGUACUGCAGUUUCUCCGAGACCACUCACAAUGCCAAUUCAAGAGCAUCAUGGAUAUAAGCGGCGUGGAUUUCCCGGAAAGAGAAAAGCGUUUUGAAGUAGUCUAUCAUCUGUUGAGCGUGCAGCACGCAGGGAGGAUCAGAGUUAAGACCUACGCCGGAGAGGGCGAUCACGUUCCGAGUUCUGUCGAAUUAUUCAAGGGAGCUGACUGGUAUGAACGUGAAGCAUGGGACUUGUUCGGGAUAUUAUUCAGUGGGCACCCUGAUCUUCGCCGUAUCCUGACUGAUUAUGGUUUCGAAGGACACCCAUUGCGAAAAGAUUUUCCGCUUACAGGAUACACGGAAGUUCGUUAUGAUGAGGAGCGGAAGCGUGUCGUUUACGAGCCUCUACAGCUCUCGCAAGCAUUCCGUAACUUUGAAUCACUCUCCCCAUGGGAGCAAAUCGGCGAAGGAACUGCGCCUAUUAGACCUGAUAAUCUCAAGCCGUUGCCACCUCCCAAGCCGGAGGAGCCCAAAAAAUAAAUACAUAUAGUGUUCUGGCUUAGAAAGUUCCGUUUACUCAUUUAAUUUCUCCGACAUCUCCGCGGUAAGAAGAGUCCCAGAAUACUUAAGUUGAGCGUAACGACACUG